GCUGCAUGGACAUCAAGUCCCUUUCAUCCGGUGCCGACCACGAUGCUCAGCGUCCUGCAAAACGCGCCCGCCAUGGCACGCCACCAGCAGAGUCUAAUGGGCACGAGCAACACUUUGAGAUGCCUCCACUCUCACUCUCUAUACUCGGCGUAGAGCCCAUGGAUGAAUUCAUUCGAGAGGUGGCCGACUUUGUGCAUCAUACGAUAAUGAACAGGCCAGACCGCGGCGGGGUAGUUGAAGUGGAGGCAAAGAUUGGGGUUCUGAGGGAGAAGGCGUCAGGGCAAAGACUGGUCUUCCCAGUUUUAGUCGAGACUAUACUUUCCCCAAAUUCCUUUGAUACUCGCUUUGAAUCGAACAUGUCUCCUGCUCAACAUAAGCACUUCAAUAAGCUCUUGAAUGAACUAAAACUCAAGUCAUCACAACCAGGCCACCCGUCCUCUCCGCUAGAGUACACGCACCUUCACCUCAUAGACAACUUCUAUGCGAGUGACGACCCGCAAGACAGGGAGAAAAUUCGCGUCACCCGCCAUGAGAAGUCUGGAGAAGUCGUCGCUGUCAUGCGAAAAGUACGGCUGGGCAGCAUAGACAUCUACUGUCCGAAACGUCAUGCCGAUUGGCGUAUAAGCGUGAACAUGGAAAUUCCUGUUCCUCCGCCACUCGGGUCGCCGACACUCACGCGCAAGAAGGACCGGAUGAGCUACACUCACGAAGAAUUUACCAUCGACCUUACCCAGGUUACCUCUGCUACUGGGCCAAAUAGCAAGCCUGAAAUUCUCCACGAACUUGAAGUGGAAUUUGCGAGGCCCGACUACCUCUUGGCAACUGCCGCGAAACGAGGAGACCUAAAUGCGUCGGAGGUAGAGCGCAGUGCAUUCGACGAACUCAUCCGUGCCUUCGUCAAUAACGCUCGAAUACUGGUGCGCAACGCGGACGGGGUAUGGCAGUGAAGGAUAUUAUUUAUUACCGA